ACUGAAGCAAAACUCUGCAGGGCUGACGUUCACCCGUGAUCUAGUCUAAAUACCUCGGUAUAGCCUCGAACAUGGUCCACAACAAAUGCAACGAUUUGCUAUGCCAGAUAGUCUUAAUAAUGUAGUGCAAAUACUUGGCCACGUUCAUGUUUGUGUAAUGUUUGUGUGUGUGGUUUGCGCAUGCGCGUCCCUCACUGUCAAGGUGUGGACACGGCGAGAGCGCGAGUGGGAACAGUGGCGUGCUUUCGGAAAAGGAGUGGAUGCGUCUACAAAAAAAAAACAGCCGGAAGGGGUGAACGCCAGUCCGUUUUUACAAUAGCAAUAUGUGCACCAACGCGGCCCUGCCGUCGCCCUUUGAAGUUCUUGAUCUAUAAAGUCGUAAAGCUGCCGCGUCUCUGACAGUCACCUAAGAGCUGAAGUGAAGGACGAGGAGCGCAGGUAGAAGAGCAGAGCCGGAAGAACUCGCAUUACUGGUCGCGUUCGCUUUGUCUAGCUUCUUCCAACAGGAUUAUCUCCGAUAUUAUCUCAUAAAUGAAGUGAGUUUUAACGUGCUAGUUUUAAAGUGCAUCCGAGCUAAAGAAAUCAUGACGGACUUGAGAAAAAAUAAACUCUUCGUCCUGGUGGACGUGCUGUGUGUUGUUGUAGCUUCUCUGCCCUUUGUGAUAAUGAAUAUUGUGUCCCAGCCAUACGAGCGAGGCAUCUACUGCCAGGACGAGAGCAUUAGUUACCCUGUAAAACAAGACACAAUCACCAUUGCGACACUGGCUGUAGUCACCAUCACCUGCACUGUCAUCAUCAUAUCUUCGGGUGAAGCGUAUCUGGUGUACAGCAAAAAAAUUCACUCCAACUCUACCUUUAAUCAAUAUGUGUCAGCCAUAUAUAAGGUGCUGGGUGCCUUCCUGUUUGGGGGAGCCGUCAGCCAAUCACUGACGGACUUGGCCAAGUACACCAUUGGGCGACCACGUCCACACUUCUUAACAGUAUGUGCUCCCAAAGUCUGCAAAGGAUACAUGGCCACGAUCAACUGCACUGGCGACCAACGUAAUGUAACUGAAGCGCGGUUGUCCUUCUACUCGGGUCACUCCUCCUUUGGGAUGUAUUGCAUGCUGUUUCUAGCGUUCUAUGUUCAGGCCAGGUUGAAUGCAAAAUGGGCUCGUCUCCUGAGGCCCACUAUCCAGUUCUUCCUGGUGGCCUUUGCUGUGUAUGUAGGUUACACUCGUGUGUCUGAUUAUAAGCACCACUGGAGCGAUGUGCUGGUGGGGCUCCUCCAGGGGGCGCUCAUUGCAAUUCUCACUGUGCGAUACAUAGCAAAUUUCUUCAAGGUCCAUCCUUAUCCUCAGUGCUCAAGAUCAGAGACAGCGGACAGUGAGGAACGGAAACCAAGCUUACAUUUAAGCGAGGUACAGCACAAUAACCAUUUAGGCUAUUCUGGACCUGCGUGAAAGAAAUGAAGCUGAACACUACAUCUCCCACAAACCACUGGACUGAC